AUGAUGCACCGCCGUGAUGGCGCAAUAUUUGGCUGGCAAAUGCGUCAAUCAUGCAACGAGAACUGUACUAAGGGUACCGGAGAUGCUGCAAGUGCUGAUGAGAAACAACACGGUGCUGGGAAGGCUCAGCAUGAUGUUGGCAGGGGCCAACAUCGCAACAUCAGUCGUUUGCUAGGGAGCAAAGAACACACAAAGAAGAAAAUGUCUUCUGGACUGAUGUACGUUGGUGUGAAGAUUAACGGAGAAUGGGUAUCAGCGAUGGCUGAUACUGGUGCGACGAAGUCUUUCAUUCAUCCAAAUGUUGCCAUGGCAUUGAACUUAACAGUUACUAGCGCGGCUAGCACCAUCAAAACUGUUAACUCAGAACCACAAGCCAGUCGAGGGAAAGUUCGCAAUGCAGAUGUGCAAGUUGGAGAAUGGAAAGGAAAGCUAGAUUUUCUAGUGAUGGUCAUGGAUGAUUUUGACCUGAUUUUGGGCAUGAAUUUCUUUUGCGCGGGGAAGGCGUCGUCAUUACCUCAUAGGAAUGGGAUAUUGAUACAGCACCCUCAAUACCCAUGUUUUAUCCCUAUUGUGAGGCAAAGUGAACCAGACAAGACACUUAAGCCAUGUCUGUCUGCGGUUCAGGUGAACGAUGGUAUGCGCCAAGGCUUGGCUACUUUCCUAUGCGUGUUUGUUGAGAUCAAACCAGGAAAGGUAGUGGAAGUAGAGGAUGGAAUAGCUGAAGUCUUAGAAGAGUUUGCAUACACGAUGCCUGCAGAAAUGCCUAAGACGCUACCAUUACGGCGUAGGAUCGAUCAUAUGAUAGAGUUGGUGCCAGAGGCAAGGCCGCCUGCACAAGCACCAUAUCAUAUGUCACCGCUAGAACUUGAGGAGAUGCGCAAGCAGAUUUAUAAAUUACUGGAGGAAGGCUACAUACAACCGUCUAAAGCUCCAUUUGGUGCUCCGGUUUUGUUCCAAAAGAAGCAAGAUGGCUCGCUUCGUAUGUGUGUUGAUUAUAGGGCUUUGAACAAACUAACUAUGAAGAACAAGUACCCAAUUCCGCUAGUGGAAGACUUGUUUGAUCGGUUGGACAAAGCUAAAUUAUUCACCAAAUUGGAUUUGCGCUCAGGUUAUUACCAAGUGCGCAUAGCAGAAGGCGAUGAACCAAAGGAUGCAAUGGUAACAAGGUAUGGCUCGUUUGAAUACCGUGUGAUGCCAUUCAGCUUGAUAAAUUCUCCAGCAACAUUUUGCAACAUGAUGAAUGAUGUGUUUGCUGAGUACAUUGACCGCUUUGUAGUGGUAUAA